AUGACCAGUGAAAUGUUACACGAAAUACCUUUCCGACAAAGCAGUAGUAUUGUCCUGGAAUCGUUCAUAUGCUCUAUACUUUUGUUGUUGGCGCUGGUUGGAAAUAUUCUUGUCAUUGUGGUUGUGUUUAAAAAUCCUCGCCUGAGCACAACAACUAGUCUUUUCAUUGCUGCGUUAGCUACUACAGAUCUCAUCAACGUCACCAUCCCUGGACCCCUUUUCCUGGUUGCUCUGAUAACUGGAGAAAGGUCUUACACAUCUAUCGGCUGCGGAAUUAGUGGCUUUUUUAUGCAUUUUUUAACUUUGGCCUCAGUGUCAACCAUGGGCUUUAUCGCUGUGAACCGAUACUUCUGCGUGUUGAAGCCAAGCCGCUACAAAAGCAUCUUCACUUUCAGGCGAUCGGCUUUCUUCCUGGGCGCACUUUGGCUGUUCAUUGGUGCGGUUAUCGUUUUUCCGCUAAUCGUUGGCUGGGCCCGUAUGGAGUUCAGUCCGUCAAUGGCAACCUGCAGCUUACAUUUUAAUUCCUUGACAAGCGAAACUGGCUUCACAAUAUUCGUGAUGAUCGUCUUCGUGUUCACCAGCUUUGUCCUCGUUGCCCUUUGUUAUUUUUUUGUCUGGAAGACUCUUCGUCAGCACCGAAAUCACCUUUCGAACAUCCGUGGCUUGAGCGUCCAGGAACUCAACUUAACCAAAACGUUCUUCUUUCUGGUAGUGUCCUUUAUCGUGCUUUGGCUACCAACUUUCGUGGUCAUCGUUCUGUUUCGAGUUGUGUUGGGUGAAACUAUUCCCCGCCCUCUCGCCCUCGCUGUUCCGUACGAGCUGCUAGCCAACAGUGCAGUGAACCCGUGGAUAUACGGUGCAAUGAAUCCUUCUUUUCGCAAGAAGUUGAUGUCGAUCCUCACGAGGGGAAGAAAUAGAGUCCAGCCCAUUGGAGGUUCCGUUUUUAGCGGACUCUCUAACCAGGAUAGCCCACCAACAAUUACGAUAAACAAUAACUAG